AUGGCGACCUUCUUUCAGAGCGUUCGUCAGGGGUUCACUCGGGGCAAUACGAAGAGUACCCAAAAUCUCAAGGCCCAAUACAACGGAUCGCAGUCGCCCAACCUCCAGCAAGCACCUCCUAUGCCUACCCUCGCGAACUCCCCCUCUAUGUCGUCCAACUACAGUCAAGAGAAUGCAUACGUCGAACAAGAACCGAAGAAGUUCUUGAAUGAGAAAUACGCAAAGUGUUCGGUCAAAGGCAACUUCCUGACAUUGGCCGCGCAACCCAAGAAUGUCGAACUCGGGGAGUGGCUGGCUCACCAGUUGGUGGAAAUGAAUCGAUUGCUCACAAGCAUGAUCCUGGUCAUUCAGGAGGUGGACACCAACACUGGAAUGCCUCUUUGCAAUGAAGUCGGCUGCCCAACCAUGUCUGCUGGACGUCUCACGUACACCUGGCUCGAAAAUGGACGACCGGCCAAGAUUCCCGCACCGCAAUACAUCGUUCGAGUGCAACGGUGGAUCGUGGGCAAGAUCCACGACGAGAAAAUCUUCCCUACCGAGCCACCACCAAGUGUUUCUAGCACGGCAUACGCGUCGGGAGAUACCAGUUCGACGCCAGGCUCCGCAGCCACGACUCCUAUCCCGGCCGGACCUAGCAAUCAGUCUCUGACCACCCUUGCUGGCAACCAGGAUGAGUGGAUUGGCAAGUCAUCCGGGUUCCCCCAGAACUUCCACCAGGAUGUCAAGAGUAUCAUCAAGCAGAUGUUCCGAUGCUACGCUCAUUUGUACCAUUGCCACUGGGAUCAUCCUUUCUGGCACAUCAACCGCCACCUUGACCUCAACAGCUGCUUUGUCCACUUCAUCACCGUCGCCAUGUACUAUGACCUGUUGCCCAAGAAAGACAUGGAACCGCUCCAGGGUCUUGUUGACAUCUUCAUCGCCCAGGGUAUUGUUCCGCGGGAGGCUGUGCAGCAACAUGUCAGUUAG